AUGACCCAGGCACAGAUGAGGGACACACGGGAGGCCCUGAAGUUCACCAGGAUGUGCAAGUACUGGAAGGUCAACCGUUGCCACCUCGGCGCAGGGUGCAACUUUGCCCAUGACGAGGGUGAUCUGAGGGAUCAACCGGACUUGGUGUCAACCCAGCUUUGCUUCCAGUUUGCACGCAAGGGCUUUUGCAAGAAUGGAGAGGCGUGCACGUUCGCACACGGAAAGGGCGAGCUCCGACGCCUGGCAAAGACUGGCAAGUCUGGACAUGGUGCUCCGGAUCCCAAGAAGAUAGCCAAGCGACGUGGCGCAGGCAACCGGCCGGUAAACUCGACGAUUGGCUGCGCGGGCAAGCUUCCUUCGGCGACGGCACUUGAAGCGGAUCCCAAGCAGACGCUGACUAUGGCCACUCCAGCAUUGACUGUGGAUUCCCUGACCUUCCGGCCGCCACCCGGCCUGGAAAGCUUGGGGGAUGCCAGCCCGAUCAGUCCUCCACCGGGCCUUCCGAUGUUUGUCGUUGCAGAGCCACAGCUGCCGAGUGCCUUUGGAGUGACGCUUCGGGAUGGCUUGGAGAGCUCACACCGCAAGCUUCUGCUCAAGCAGUCCAGCAACGACGGCCUUGCCCAUGACCUGCUGCUCAGACUGGAUGCAACGGUCUCGGCCAAGAGGGACGCGGACGUGGGCUCGGAUCUGGGGACCGAGAGCGCAGCUUCCACGGCAUACCCUUCAGACCGCAGCGAGCCUGCCAGCCCCAAGGCAGAAGCCUUCUGGUUGUGA